UUUGCAGUUGUGACGGGCUGUACAGACGGAAUUGGGAAAGAAUAUGCAAAGGAACUGGCCAAGAGAGGCAUGAAUAUUGUCCUCAUCUCCCGCUCCCUCGACAAGUUGCAAAAAGUGUCUGAUGAAAUUGUGCAGGAGUAUAAAGUUCAAACGGAAAUUGUGCAAAAAAACUUCCUAGACGGGCGACCUAUUUAUGAAGAUAUAAGAAAGCGUCUUCAGGAUAAGGAAAUUGGCAUCUUAGUGAAUAACGUGGGAAUGAACAGCUCGACACUGAUGGAGUUUAUACAUCUCUCCGAGAAAGAUAUUUGGAGUUUUAUCAAUGUGAAUGUGGCAUCUGUACCAGGCAUGACAAACCUUGUCCUUCCGGGGAUGCUGUCUAGACGCAAGGGAGCAAUAAUUAACAUUGGUUCCAUUUCUGGAUUGUACCCCGUGGCUCUAGCAGGAAUGUAUACAGCUACCAAGGUAUUUUUAAUGCAAUCACUCUUACUAUAUUAUUACGAAGACAUGAAGUCUUACAAAUAUUUUUAACACACUGGAUAUAUU